AUGAACGCCAAUCUAUUCUACACGCAGCAACGGCCUGAGCAUCAACAUCACGGCCCGCAGCAGCAGCAGCAACAACCCGCGGGUUCGGGGUUUUUACUUCCCGCGGCUCCGUUUACUGCGGCGGGGCCCGGAGCCACGAAUGUUUUUGCCGGCUUUUGUAUGCCGCCAAGUGCCCCAUGUCCACAACAACAACAACAGCAACGGCAAGAACAGGGACAGACGCUUGAAAGCAACGUGGCAGCAGCAAAUGGCUUGUUGCUUGCCACACAACUUGAAGCAAAGGAUGGAAGACGUGGCACCGCCUCCUUUUCAGGGGCAAUACCUGACGUGUCCAAUUCAAUCUGGGCAACGCAGGAGCCAAAUUCCUCGACGACAACAGCACUUCAGAGUUUGAACGCUAGUAACUCGAUAAACUACCCUCCUUUUGGCAUUAAGUACAUGGUUUCACCAACCAAUGCGUCUGCAUCCACUCAGGAGACACCCAAUCAAACGUACCUGUAUCCAGUUUCUAUGCAGUCCGAGGAAGCCGCCCCAGCUCUUAUGCUUCUUCCAACUGGAAGCAAAGAUGGAUCUAGCUCUAUGAGUCCUGCGUACUAUGUUCUGGUAAACUCUCCUCAAGCCUCUGGAGCUAUUCACUACACAAACGGUACUAUGCAGCCCCCUCAUCCAACUUCGUUUAUUUUGGGGGCCAAUUCAUCAACAAAGACGACAACGACCAAUUCAUUCAAUGCGGCACAGCAGCCCUCUCCAUUUCGGAUGCCCGUGGGACAACAAACUCAAGGUGUUUCCAGCAACUUGGGCAUUUCUUGGCCGCCUCAGUUCGCAUCCAAUAUGGCCACAACGACAACAGGGGUGUUCCCUGGGCUGAUUGAAAACCCAAGACCUCCGCAGGUGGAUAGUGCGGCCUUUCCGUCUCAUGGCCAACGAGCCUACUACACGAGCGCUGUCUUCACUCAGUCACUAAACUCCACGCCAUCCCCCACGUUGUGUGGUCAUCGACGUCCUCCGAGUGGGAGUGGACCUGCCGAAGGUGGCACAAUGCGGAGUCGGAGCAGCAGAAACAGUGGCACCAGCAUAAACAGCAUCGGUGCUGGUGGCAGUGGCGGCCAAGAAAUGGAGCGUCGUGGAGGCCUGCCGUUUGAAGAAGAUCCCAUCCCUAUUGACACCACCAAAACCCAGCUGAUAGUCAACUUUUUGCCGCAGUUUUUAACCGACGAUGGGUUCCGUGAGCUCUUCACCCCGUUUGGUGAGAUCCACACGAAACCAACAAAAAUCAUUUACGACAGGGGGGCCCGGCGCGGCAAAGGCUACGGAUUUGUAUACUACAAGGAUGGCCGCAGCACGGAGGCUGCCAUCAAGACAAUAAACGGGCUCUCACUGGGUGGCCGCAGGCUCAAGGUUCGCUAUGCCGAUCAGCAGCGGGGCAAAAUUGAUUGCGACAGCUGCGUGGACGAAGAAGAGAAGGAAUAA